GGGGGCGGCCCGAGCCAUGCGGAGCCGCGCGGAGGUGGACGCCACGCUGCAUAUCGCCAAGCUCAACCCGGCCGAGCUGCUGCCCGCCGCGCAGUGCCUCCGUUUCGGGCCCCGCGCCAGCGCCGGCGACUGCUGCCUGCUGCAGCUGGAGGCCGGGCUGUGCGCCGAGCUGGAGGCGGGCCGCAGCUUGGUUAUUCGUGGUGAAAGGGAUGAACAAGCUGUGCUGUGCAGUAAAGAUAAAACUUACGACAUGAAAAUUGCAGAUACCUCGAAUAUGUUGCUGUUUAUUCCUGGCUGCAAAACUCCAGAGCAAUUACUUACAGAUCAAACCUUAUGUAAUAUUUUUCAUACGCAGGUUGCUGGUUUUGCCAAUAACUAUUGGGAAUUAAGGCGAUGUCGACCAAAGCUAAAGAAACUGAAGAAACUUUUAUCAGAAAAUCCUUAUGAAGGGCCAGACAUUGGAAAAGAUCAAAGCUCAGCCGACUCAAAGUAUACAACAGAAGACUUGCUAGAACACAUUCAAGCAAGUGAGGAAGAAAUGCUACAUUAUCUGCAGGUUAUAAAUGCCUGCAAAAUCGAAGGAUAUUGGAGAAUUCUAGAAUUUGAUUAUGAGGUGAAACUAGUGAAUCAUAUAACUCAACUAAUAGACUCUGAGUCCUGGUCUUUCAGUAAGAUUCCUUUAAAUGUCUGUCUUCAAGAGCUUGGACCUUUGGAACCUAAAGAAAUGAUAGAACACAUUCUUUUAAGCUAUGGAAAGAAAUAUACUGAUGAAGCAGGUGAAGUUUAUUUUGAAAUGAACGAAGACAAAAUAUGCAGAACUACAGCACAAAUGCUCUUGCAAAAUGCGGUUAAAUUUAAUCUAUCAGAGUUUCAAGAAGUAUGGCAACAAAGUGUCCCUGAAGGAAUGACAACAAGGCUGGAUCAGCUCAAGGGCUUGGCUCUGGUUGAUAGACACUCCAGACCACAGACUAUUUUCCUGCUAAAAGUAGAAGACUUGCCUGAGGAUAAUCAGGAAAGAUUCAACAGCUUAUUCCACAUUUGGGAAAAGUGGACAGAAGCAGAUAUUACUCCAUACAUUCAGGACUUAUGUGCAGAGAAGCAAACAGUAGGUGCACUUCUGACUAAGUAUGCUCGUUCUUCCAUGCAGAAUGGUGUCAAAGUUUAUAAUUCUAGAAGACCUAUCUCCUAGCAGGAAAUAACUUUCUUAAAGGAUUAAUAAUACCGUAUAGAACAACUACCACUUUUGCUCCGGACCCGAGUUAUUUGUAAUUAUUGUAGCAAUUUCAGUUUGUCAUUGUUUUGAAAAGACAUUUCAACUAAACUAAGGCUUGUACUAAAACUAACCGCGUGGAUUUUCUGAAGCUUUAAAUCUUUGCAGAAAGAGUUACACUUCUCUCUCACCAGAAGUGACAAGAAAUUAGUGGCUGUCACCUAACCAAGAAAUGUGUUGAUAUCAAAUGGAAAUGUGUUUUGUAUUUUAAAUUCAAAGAGCAAAAUAAAUCUAACUGGUCUUUUGCAAAA